AUUUCAUUCUAGUUAUUAAUAUUACAACUUAAUAGCAAUCCUACUUACUAUCAUCUAUGGCCGAUGCCUGAAACGACAUCACCUCACCUCUUCCCCGAUCCUCUCUCUUUAUAGCUCCGGAAACGUGGGGAUAAGAUAAGGUGUUAUUUGAGCAGUUCAUAUCUUGUCUCCGCGUUUAUUUGAAGGAAGCUCUUCUCUCAUCACUCAUCAAUAUUCAAGCUUCUGCUUUGGCCUCUUUUGCCGACAGAAAAAAAAAAAAAGAAAAAUGUUUGGCAAAGACUUUUUCACCGAAUAUGGCGAAGCAAGUCAAUAUGAAAUAAAGGAAGUAGUAGGCACAGGAAGUUAUGGUGUGGUUGCCUCUGCAAUUGAUACUCACACUGGAGAGAAGGUAGCUAUUAAGAAGAUAGCCAAUAUCUUUGAGCACACAUCUGAAGCCACACGUAUUCUGAGAGAGAUCAAACUUCUACGGCUGCUGCGUCACCCUGACAUAGUUCAGAUAAAACACAUAAUGCUUCCUCCAUGUCAAAGAGAAUUCAAAGACAUAUUUGUUGUUUUUGAGUUGAUGGAAUCUGAUCUUCACCAUGUUAUAAAAAUCAAUGAUGAUCUAACCCCUGAGCAUCAUCAGUUUUUCUUAUACCAGCUUCUUCGGGGUCUGAAAUACAUUCACACAGCACAUGUUUUCCAUAGAGAUUUAAAGCCAAAAAAUAUACUUGCUAAUGCGGAUUGCAAACUGAAACUUUGUGAUUUUGGACUCGCUCGGGUGUCAUUUACGGACGUUCCUUCUGCUAUUUUUUGGACUGAUUAUGUGGCAACUCGAUGGUAUCGUGCUCCUGAACUGUGCGGUUCAUUUUACUCCAACUACACCCCUGCGGUCGAUAUUUGGAGUGUAGGAUGCAUAUUUGCUGAGUUGAUCACUGGAAAACCAUUGUUUCCAGGGAAGAAUGUGGUGGACCAAUUGGAUCUUGUGACCGAUUUGCUUGGCACUCCCUCUGCUGAAACAAUCGCAAGGAUUAAGAAUGAAAAAGCUAGAAAUUAUUUGAAUAGCUUGAGAAAAAAGAAACCAAUUCCUUUCUCAAAAAAAUUCCCAAAUACAGAUCCAUUGGCCCUCAAAUUGCUUGAGCGUCUGAUCGCAUUCGAUCCUAAUGAUCGUCCAUCCGCUGAAGAGGCAUUAGCUGAUCCAUAUUUCCAUGGAUUGGCAAAUGUGGACAAUGAACCAUCCAUGCAACCCAUUUCAAAAUUGGAAUUUGAGUUUGAAAGAAGGAAAUUAUCAGAAGAUGAUGUCCGAGAGCUAAUUUAUAGAGAGAUAUUAGAGUACCAUCCACAGAUGCUUCAGCAAUACCUUCAAGGCAAAGAUCAGAUUAGCUUCAUGUAUCCAAGUGGAGUUGAUCGGUAUAGGCAACAAUUUGCCUGUCUUGAGGGACAAGGCAAAAUUGAAAGAGGCAUUCUGCUCCAAAGGAAACAUACAUCCUUGCCAAGGGAGCGAAUCUGCAAUGAUGAUACUGAUCACAUUGAUGAAUCAAAAAAACGUACAGUGGCUUCUGCUGGUCGUGCAACCCUUAAGAGCCCUACAAAGUUGCAAGCAUCCGUGGAACCAGAAUAUGUAAACCAAAAUGUGGCAGGGACUCAGAAAGCCUCUGGCAAACCUGCGCAAAACGGUCGUCGCCUGUCGAAAAGUGAAAGCAUUAGUGCUUCAAGAUGUGUGGGCGUCAUUCGAAAACCUCAAGGGGCAUAUGCACGGAGAAGUGCAGAAACUGGUCGCUUAACAUGCUUGGGAACUUGCAAACGUUUGACUAAGAAAAAUCUGCCGAUUCUUGGUUUUCUUUUGCUAUGUCCAUGAUAUUCCUCUGGAGGUUCUUAAUCUGUCUUAAUCAACUAAUAUGUGCUACCUGUAGUUACUUUAUUGUACUCUGGACAAGGAAAAAAAUUGCCUGACUUAUGAUUUGGAAAUUAUUUAAGGCAGGCAAUCUUGCGGUGACAAUUUGGGUCAAUUCCCAAUAGUUCAGCAGGAUUCAGCUAAUGCACUCACACAUGAAUCAAGCAAUUCAAUUACGGGCAGAUUUUGCCAUAUUCUUAUUGUACAUACCAUGGUAAUAAAUCAAGAAACAUGCAAUUCGACUUCAA